GGAUGAAAAUGGCGAUUGAGGUAUAUCAAGGGUCUUCCAAUGAAUGCUACACAUGCAUUGUUAGAAGAGGAAUUCAAGAAGUUUGGACCUAUCAAGCCCAAUGGUAUUCAAAUUCGAAACAACAGGGGAUUCUAUUUUGGUUUCGUUGAAUUUGAGGUGCCAGAUGCGGUUCAAAAGGCGAUUGAGGCUUCACCGAUCACGAUCAAUGGAAAAAAUGCUGUUGUUGAAGAGAAGCGAUCUACAAUCUCUAAAGCUGUAAAGAACAGAGUUUACUGUUGUCUCUUGCUUGCUUCAGUCUCUAUAAGUACUUCAUCAAGCUCAACACUCUACAAACCCUCAACUACACUCAACUGACUUACUGCUUUUACAUCUACUGUUGUCUGAAAGAGAGCAUGCUUGCUUUAGUCUCUACAAAUACUUCAUCAAGCUCAACACUCUACAAACACUCAACUGAGACGAAUUAAACUUUCAAAUUAAUAUAUUGACUCUUUGCAUCUGGAUCUUGCGUUGUUUCUCGGCUCUCACAUCAAGGUUUCACAUUUGUUGUC